GAAAAAUCCCCUCUAAAUAGCUGUGGCUACGUUCGCUAAAAACUAGAGUCCGCUCAGCCGGCAUCGGGUGCACGUCGAUAUGAUUCGAACUUUGCGAAAGUUCAUCGUGAUAGACACUGCGGAAACGAAACGAUAGACCUGACGACAGGUGUGAGGUAGUUCUUUUUUUUUUUUCGCCGAAAGUCGGAAGAAAUAAUGUGUCCUGUUUUAUUACGAGAGGGCCGAUUGUUCCAACCUCUUGGUAAGCUACUUAAUAGUUAAAUUAUAUAUGUCUUCGUCUUUUCUUCAAAAUAGACAAAAACAGACAUAUGAUCUAACUGUUAGGUAGUUUACUAAGAUAUUGGAAUAAUCGGGUCUUACGCGCUAUCGAAGCUUGUAUGUGUCCUGUUCUAAAUCAUUGUGACGAUAGUGUAAUGCGGGAAGAGAAGUGAUCAUAAACGUGACCGACAUAGUGUUCGCUCUAGUGUACGAGUGGUUUUCGCUAAAAUUCAGACAUAUUUACCGUUCUUGCACCACGGAGGCCCACGAGAAAUUAGCGGGAGGAUGCCGGAAGGUCCGAUUAUAAUGGAAGACUAUAACGCGAUUCACGAAGCUCUGCGGAGUUAUCACGGUGACUUGGUGCAAACGUGUAGUCCGGCCAUCAUGUGCACCACGCUACCACCACAUUGGAGGUCGAACAAGUCCCUACCGGUACCGUUCAAGGUCGUAGCGCUCGACGAGAUCAAAGACGGUACUUUGGUCACCAUCAAAGCCGGUAAUGAGGACAAUUACUGUGCCGAACUGAGAAAUUGCACAGCUAUCAUGAAGGGUCAAGUCGCCAAGUUCAAUGACCUCAGAUUUGUUGGUCGAAGCGGAAGAGGGAAAUCAUUUUCGCUGACUAUUCAGAUCGGUUCGACGCCGUUCCAAGUUGCUACGUAUACCAAAGCCAUCAAAGUCACAGUAGACGGACCAAGAGAACCUCGAUCUAAGUCAAAUUAUCAAUAUGGUCCAGGAUUUCCCGCAUUAAGCAUAUUCAACCCUGGAUGGCUGGACGGGAGCUAUUUCGGGCAUCAUUGGACAACACACUUAACGCAACCGGUUCUACUUAAAGGGUCCCUGCCAAUACCAACGCACACGGACUUGUUCGCGGGAUUCCCGUCGCCAGUUAUUCCGUCAUACUCGUUUAUACCAUCGUACCCACCAGCAACUACCUACGAGGCGACUAGCACGACGACGACGACGAUGACAACAACCACGACCACGACGACGACCACGAACACCAACAGUCCGUCCAGAAGCGCGUCGUCGCUGAGCCCCAGCAGUGGAUCCAGCAGCGGGUUCAGUAACGGCUCCGAGGGAGGUAAAGGAACAUGUGGCGAGGAGGCGCGAAGCGCCUUCAUGCGCAUCAAACUCAACACCGCCAUACCGCCGGAAUCAUCCGCGACGCCCGAGCGGAGCUCGACACCGGACAAAGAAAGCAGUGAUACUAAACAAACGAAGGUACCGAAACCAGUGUGGAGGCCGUACUAGUCCAAAUAGGUGAGCAGCACCGAUAAUCGAUUCGAAGCGCGAAGAAAUGGAACGGCAAGUAAGAGUCCCGUCGCAAUUGUCGAUAAACAAUUAUCGUAAUUAGUUAUACAAAUUAUCAUGCCGAUCAUGAACAAUUGUCAUCUGUCCGCAAUGAACAGUGCCAAACGCAUGUACAUAUAGGGUGCGUUCGUGUUUUUCUAUCUUUAUCGCUCUUUAGAUAUACGACAAAGACAGAAUGUGGUAACGCUAAAUAGCGCUAAUAAUGAGCUCCCCGAACGCACCCAUAGUCAUAUGUGAAUACGUAAUAUAUAUUAAUACAUAAAUACGGUCGAGGAAGUAAAAUAUCAAACACAUACGUGGGGUCCAAACAGCAAAACAAGCGUAACUAAAAAAGCAACUUCAACCGAGCGUCACGCGCAGAUAGUGAAUCGGCGGCACGAAGUGAGACUCUGAUCGAACGGAUUUCCUAAGCCGGUGUAUGAGAGUCUAGCUUUCGUAGUUCGACCGUAGUAACGAUCCGCGAAUCUUUUACCUUACGAAAAAGCGACAUUCGCGUUGCAGUUUGAUACGUAGAAGUGGAAGCGUAACUUACGGAUAAAAGAAUGAUAGUUAUCGCACUGGAAUCUUUUGGUUGCUUUGUAAACUUUUCCGCCUCGCGCGACGACUAUAUUUAUAAUACGAUGGACUUAUAAUACGUAUACAUGCCACCGAAGAUCAUCAUUUGAUGAUAUCAUCGUUAAUGUUCGGCGUUACGACACACGACAAUUGCGCCCAGACAACUACGGUGGAACUCUCAUUAGACAUUUCUUUCCUUCAUGUUCUGAAUUGUCAUCAACAGCCCCGUACUAUACCAUUUGUAUGUACGAUGGAAGGCUAGUGAUAACGUCUAUGACGGACAUCCGAAGCGGCCCGUCCUCGAUUGGAAAAUGAAAAAGUACCCGAGGUACAUAAUAUAAAUCCCUGUUCUUCUUCUCAUUCUUAGCACCGAGUGUAUUCUGCUCUUCGGUUUUACGAAGAUACAGAUAAUGAGCACGAAGAAAUGACGGGAUUAACAUUAAAAUAGUUCACAGAGCAUUUUUUCUAAAUGUAAAUAGUUGUAUAUACUCGGAUUGUACAUACCGUGUAGAUAGUUCAUGGACAAUAAUAUAGUUUAGCAACGCGAAGUCUUAUGUACGCUACCGUUAUGGAAUGUUAAAAAAAUUUAUAUAUAUAUAUAUAUAUAUAUAUAUAUAUAUAUAUAUAUAUAUUAUUUUUAAGAAAAAUAUUUCUUAUAUUAAUUUUUUUAAUAUCUUCUUCGUAGAAUCCGAGAUUCAUUUAUAAAAUUAGUUUAAAUAAGAAACAAAACGAUUUUGGAAGUAGCGUAUAAAAUUGUUCUGAGAACUGUUAUUAUAAUAAAAAAUACUUAUUUUGGAUUAAAAUUAUGACGGAUUUUUAUAUUGUAUCUGAGAUCUAUAUUGUAAGAUUUAUUUUCACAUUUUUUUCGCUAACAAAAAGUCAAUUUUGAUUAAAACGCGGCUAAUAAAAUCUCUCAACGCGUUGACUUCCUUGUUGAAGGAAACCGCUGCUACUUCUGUUACGUGAAGUCAGAAUGUCAAUGAUUUGAAAUGAUUUAUACUAGCAGUAAACAACUAUAUUCCACAAUAUCUUUUUUUCUAGUUUCGCAAAACCUUCACUAUUUUCAUUCACUCUAUCUCUCUUUGAACGUUUCUUUGUGGACUAUUCUGAUACCAUUGAUUCCUCAGGAAAAAAAUCGAUUCUUUUCGCGCAGUCGAUUACACGAAUACUCGUGACGCUUUUCUCGUUUAUACAAAACAUAAUAACAUCCAUUUCUACUUUAGUGUAUCUCAUAUUUGAAAAUUUGACAGCUCUCACUGCUGCCAGUGCGUAGGCACGUGCACGCAAGAGGCUCGCAAGUCUCAACUUCGUGGUCGUGGAACUCGCAAGAGAGAUGAUAAUUUUGAGAUAAUUUAGAGAAAACGUAUGAAAUUACGUUUACUUCGUAUCCCUCACGGUAGUGUACAUACGUAUACUGUGUGUAUCUACGCGAGAGAGCGGUUACAAAUAAAAUAAAAUAUUACUGUAAAUGGUACAGUAUGUAAAUGGUAAAGACUCUUAGAUGUGCAAUCAAUGAAAAGGAAAACAACUUACGAAAGCAUAAAUCACGAAUACUAAUAACGCAUAAGCAUACUGAUAACGGAACUUAUAAAGAUACAAGAUAUUUCAAAGAAUACAUGCACUAAAUGCGUCUCGGUUCGCACUUCGAAACCUUAUCGAUGAUUUUCUACCUCUUAUCUUAAGCCCUUCUUCCUUUUCGUCGAUUGUCAGAAAACUAACUGUAAAUGGCAGAGAUGCUAGAAGUGUAAUUUAAUGUAAAUUGGUUGUAUGUGGAUCUAAAAGAAUGCAAGAGGGAGAAUAAAAUCGAACUCUACGUCAAAAUA